UGCCGUGAGUGUCCCUCCUGCCUCCGCUCUGCCCAGCCCCGAGGCUGCUCCAGCCCAGCAUCAGGUGCAUGGCUGCUUCUCACCUUCUGCUCUCUUUUCCCCUUGCCCAGGCCACGACGCUGCACGCCAGCAGCCUGCAGAGGCUGGUCCAGGGCCAGGCACAGGCUGGUGCAGAGCAGCGGCCACCUCCCGUCCCCUCCGGCGGCAGCAGCGAACGUGGCCUUGGCCCCUCGGCUGGCGGGACCCGCAGGAGGAGGAGGGGGCUGCCCUGGCCCUUCGCACGGCGGCGAGGCAGCUCGGCCGCUGCAGAGGCAGCCGGGCAGUCGGGCUCUGGCGGCAGGGGGGCUCUCUUCGGCCAGCCCCUGGCAGCUCUCUGCAGCCAGGACGGCACGCUGCCCCAGCCCAUCCAGGACCUGCUGGCUCUCCUGGCCGAGCACGGGCCAUCCACGGAGGGGAUCUUCCGGCUGGCGGUCAAGGAGCACGUCUCCCGGGAGCUGAGGGAGGCCCUCGACAGCGGAGCAGAGGUCCACCUCGAAAGCCAGCCUGUGCACCUGCUGGCCGUCCUCCUGAAGGACUUCCUGCGGAAGAUCCCCUCUAAGCUCCUCGGGGCAGAGCUGUACGAGGAGUGGAUGAGCGCCCUGCAGAAGACCAGCAGGCAGGAGAAGCUGGCAGCACUCAGGGAGGUGGCCGGCAAGUUGCCCCAGGCCAACCUCCUGCUCCUCAAGAGCUUGCUGUCCCUGCUGCAAAGGAUCAGCAGAAACGCGGCCAGCAGCAGGAUGACUGCCGGCAACCUGGCCAUCUGCGUGGGGCCGAACCUGCUCAGCCCACCCGAGGAGCAGACGCUGCCCCUGGACGCCCUGGUGCAGGUGACGGGGCAGGUACGCCGUGUUUAGCAGCUGGCGCCAGCCUUGCGGGCCCAGCCCAGCUUUGGUGUUCAGAGGUGCCUGGCUGCCUCCUCUCUUCCGCAAACGCUGGUGGGGGAGCUGCUGGGAAGAGCAUCCCCACAGCUGCAGCUUUCUGCGCAGAAGCGAGGGUCGGGAUCAGGAAAGGCUCCUGUUUGACCCCUUUUCAGCCACCCAGGUGCAAACCACUGGUUUGCUGUGUGCAGGUGACAGGGCUGGUGG